AUGGAAAUAUUACCUGAACAGAGGAUCUCAAGUGAAUAUUCAUCAUAUCACCUGAGCUCUAAGAGCUCCUCAAUUUAUCUAUUAAUCAUUGAAGGAACUGGCAUGAUUACACAAGACAUAUUUCUUUCAUCAAGCUAUUACGUGAUAGCGAGAAAUUUGAAUGAGGAAGCUGAGGACAUUUCAAAUCAUGGUCAAAUUGAGCAUCAAACUAUUUUAACUUCUGAUUCACAGCAGAAUACUUCAAGGGAUGAGUGGCACGUCAGAUUGUCCUUUGGACCAAGAUGGAUCUCAUAUAUUCUUGGCAUAAGCGGAAUGACUUUGCUGAUGUAUUUGAGCUUCACUCUAAUAGAGAAGUUCCAGCAAGCCCUCACAGACAGAGCAGGAGUUCAUCUCGGGGAAACAGCAACUCAGAGAGCCCCUUUGCUUUCUCACAAAGAUGAUGAUCUUUCAAGUUGGGGUUCAUCUUAUGAUUCCAUGUCACGUGAUGAGGAGGAUCUUGACUUUCUCACGGCUGGUUCCAUUGACGGAAAGUCUUUAGUUGAAGGUGAAACCAGUAAUAAUACCCGGCGUCUUUGUGCCAUUUGCUUUGAUGCUCCAAGGGAUUGCUUCUUUCUUCCAUGUGGACACUGUGUUGCUUGUUUUGAAUGUGGAACCAGGAUAGCAGAAGCAGAUGGGACUUGCCCUGUUUGUCGUAGGAAGACCAAGAAAGUAAGGAAGAUUUUUAAUGUCUAAGCAUUAUUAGUGUGAGGCUAAAUGAAUGUGGUUUUAGGCUAAAUGAAGAAAAGACAGAUCAGUUAGUGCAUCAUCAUCUGUUUCAUCAAUUGUCAAUGUCAGCUCAUGGUAGCUCCCGGUAAUGACCAUUUGUGGGGGGAACAUGUUGCUUGUAUAUGUUUCCUUUUGGGGAGUAUAUAUACAGUCGGGCCCUUGAAAAAUUUGCCCCUUUAUUUUAUUUAUUUUUAGACGCAAAUUAAGUCCUUGAAAAUUAUUCAUUAUUAAUAUUUCCUACACAUAUCUUGGUUAUUGCAAAUCUAAACAAUGAUGGUGAUGGAUUAUAUAAUAUUUUGGCGAAAUUUUGAUGUUAAA